UCUGCAAAAUCACCCUUAGCAAUGGCUCUUAUUUCUAUCCCUUCCUCUACCUUGAGCUUCUGCUUGAAAUCUAAGCCUACCCAUCACAUUAAGCCUUCUCCCAAAUCAUCCCCAACAUUAUGCAGAAAAAAUCUGACGAGUCCCAUAAUGAGUAAGGCCUUGGCCUCCACUAGUGUUAUAGGUGAGCCUCGGCGCACAGGCAACCAUCAUGCAAACUUGUGGGACGACGAUUUUAUACAAUCUCUCCCAAACCUCCCUUAUCAUGCUCCUCAGUAUAGUGAGCGUGCUGAUAAACUUGUUGGGGAGGUAAAAGACAUGUUCAAUGCAGUGGGUGCUGCGGAUUCUUGUGCACAAAAUAUUUUGAAACGCCUUCAAAUGGUGGAUAAAGUUGAACGCCUCGGAAUCGGGCGACACUUUGAAAUGGAAAUAGCAGAAACACUCGAUUACGUUUAUAGGUUUUGGAAUGAGAUUAGUAAAGAUCUGAAUACAGCAGCUUUGGGACUUCGAGUCCUUCGACUUCACAGAUAUCCCGUUUCUUCAGAUAUGUUAGAACAAUUUAAAGAUAAAGAGGGGCAGUUCUUAGGUUGCACCAGUCAAUCAGAGGAGGAGAUAAAAAGUGUUUUAAAUUUGUUUCGAGGUUCUUUGAUCGCCUUCCCAGAGGAGAAAAUAAUGGACGAAGCUAAAGCCUUUUCUACUAUGUAUUUAAAUCAAGUAUUGCAGAAGACUCAUAUUUUGAGUGCCAGUCUUUCACAAGAGAUAAGAUUUAAUCUGGACUAUGGAUGGUACUCAAAUCUACCAAGAUUGGAAGCAAGGAACUACAUAGACAUUUAUGGACAAAAUAGUUCAUGGGUCAAGAACCCGAAUAAUAAAAAGAUUUUAUAUCUGGCUAAGCUGGACUUUAAUAUUAUGCAAUCACUCUAUAGGUCCGAGCUUCAAAUGAUAUCUAGAUGGUGGAAAGAAUCAAAGCUGUGUAAGUUGGAUUUUUUUCGUCAUAGACAUAUAGAAUAUCACUUUUCAGGGUGUGCAAUUACCGCAGAACCUAAACAUUCUGCUUUUCGAGUUAUCUUGACAAAAAUAUUUACUAUAACAACUUGCAUUGAUGAUAUCUAUGAUACAUAUGGUACUCUUGAGGAACUUCAACUUUUCACAGACGUUGUUAAGAGGUGGGACCAUCCUCCUAUACAUUGCCUUCCAGAAUAUAUGAAAAUUGCAUAUGGUGCACUUUAUGAUACAAUUAUUGAAUGUGGACAAGAAGCAGAUAAGACUCAAGGCCGAGACACUCUCCACCACGUUCAAAAAGCUUGGUAUGACUAUUUAGAUGCUAUGUUACAAGAAGUAAAGUGGCUUUCUAGUGGAUACACGCCAAAUUUGAAGACAUUUUUAGAAAAUGGAAAAGUGAGUUCAGCUUCUCGUGCAGCUACAUUGCAAUCCCUGUUAACAUUAGAUGUACUUCCAGAAGAUGUCCUUCAAAAAGUUGAUUAUCCAUCUAGGUUCAAUGAUCUUUUGGGAUUGACCUUUAGAUUACUUGGUGACAUCAGAACCUUCAAGGCUGAAGCAAAUCGUGGAGAAGUCAACUCAUCUAUAACAUGUUAUAUAAGAGACCAUGCUCAAUCAAGUGAGAAGGAUGCAUUGAAGUAUCUAAAUUUUAUGUUAGAUGAAUAUUUGAAAGAAUUAAACUUUGAGUAUUUGAAAAAUGAUGGUGUUCCAACUUGCAUCAAGGAUUUUGCUUAUGACAUAUCAAGGUGUUUUCAUGUUUUCUACAAAGAGAGAGAUGGUUUUAGCAUUUCAAGCAAAGAUAUGAAGAAUCAUGUACAACAAAUCCUCAUUGAACCUUUUGAAAUGUAA